CGCCCGUGUACGUUCGAAGCUGGUGGAUAUGAAGCGCAAGCACCACGAGACAGACGCUGCAGCGGCAAGGCAGCCCAGCAAGGCUGCGCUCGCACGGCAGCGUGAUGAAGAGGCCAUCGCAAAGCUCGCCAGUGAACACUGGCCAGAGAUCGCGACAGGGCCAAAGCCAGAGGUCGUGAAGCAGCUCUACACAGAGCUCCGCGCCAAGCGCUUUCCCCAACACAAGGUGUCUGCGCUGGAGUUCUCCUUGCUGCUGGAAAACCUUCUGUGGCCCACGUUCACGGCCGACUGUGGCCAUGAACACCUCAUGUGCAUGGUGCUCAUGGUCAACGAGAAGUUCCUCGAGGGCCACGACCCGUGGGUCGAGCUCUGCGCUGCAGACAAGGAGCAGCUCCUCACCUUCUUCGAGACAGCCUUCACCACAUGCGCCAACCCCAAAGAUCUGUCGUACCUCGAACGCAAGCAUCUCAACAUCUUCCUCAUUCGCUGCUUCCAAAGCCUGGAGCACGAGGUGAUGCGGGAGUUUCUGCAGCCGUACAUCAGCCUGAACACGUGGCACGCCCUGCUGCCGGAGCAGCGCCAGGAGCAGUUUGAGCAGCAUCCGCGCCUCGCAAAGGGCUGGAAGAAGCUCUUAAAGCGCCUCAAGAAAAUGCCCGACGAUGAACAGACGGUGAUGCUGCAGAAGCAUCUGUUUGUGUAUGACCUGAUCAAGGGCUUCUUCGCUGCCCUGGAGUCAAUCACCGCCGACGCCCCCGACCGCCAUGCAAUCGCAUUUUGCGAGCGCUUUCUCGAGCUCCUCGUCGACAUUGAGGCGCUGCUGACGACCCGGCGCUACCUCAACACGGUGGUGCGGGCGUGCAACGUGGUGUCUGUGUGCCGCCUCUCUGCGCUGUUCUCCCUCCAGGACCGCGGACAUCUCUUCCGCCAGCUGACGGAGAUGCUUGAGUUCUAUGUUGGCUUUGAGAUUGAUGACUUUACGGGCGAGCCCCUGACCGACGACAUGAUGACGGCCCGCAACUACGACGAGAUGCACCGCCUCCAGCGCGCCGCCUUCCAGCACUUUCGCGAGCGGCUCCAGGACUUUGCCUUCAGUCACGUCAGCGGCAUCAACACCCGUCAGGCGCUGGUGCAGUACCUUGAGCGGCUGGACGACGACCGCCUUCGCGAGCUGUGUGCGCACAUGUGCAUCGGCAUGCCGACGAGCACGACGGCAGAGGAGGAGGCCAUGGGCGGCCCCACCGUCCGCACGUCCACGGCGCACAUGUCGCGCGAGCUGAUGACGGAGGUGCUGUGCUCGCGGUUCACGCGGCGGCAGUCGCAGCUGGACGAGCUCAACGAGAUGCCGCUCUUCCCGACAGAGAAGCUCCUGUGGGACGAGAACCUCGUGCCAACAGACCUCUACCGCAACCAGUGCCUUGCCCUGCCCAAGCUCAACCUGCAGUUCCUGACGCUGUUCGACUACCUCCUGCGCAACCUGAAGCUCUUCAACAUGGAGAGCCUGUACGAGAUCCGGCUGGACCUGGAGGACCACCUGCCGCGCCUCAGGCCAUACACCAAUGCCCAGGGCAUCGUCAGCUUUGGCGGCUGGUCCCGCAUGGCGCUGCCCGUGCAGGACUUUGCUGUUGUCGAGGUUGCGGCGCCGCACAUUGGCUUCAACCACCCGUCGUCCGUGCGGGCGGACAUGACGGUGACGCUGGACAUGGCAUCACACAUCCGUAGGGAGUGGGAAUCGCUGCGCAAGCACGACGUCGGCUUUCUCAUCAGCCUCCACCCGCCCAUGCUCAACCCAGCAGAGCUCGACACCUCCCUCCCCUUCCCACAACAGUUUGGGGUUGUUGCUGUGCGUGGGUGCGAGAUUGAGGGCAUGCUUGAUGCGCGCGGCCAGCUGGUUGAGGAGCGACCGGAUGUGCGCCCGCAGUUGCCCCGCGGCAACUCCCGCACAUUCCGCCUCAUCCUUGACCCAAACCAGUACCAGCUCGACCUCGAUGCUGGAGAGGGCGGGACGGACCUGUACUCGACGUUCAACGUGUUUGUGCGGCGCAACCCAAAGGAGAACAACUUCAAGGCGGUGCUUGAGACGAUCCGCGACCUCAUGAAUACGCGCUGCGUCGUGCCAGACUGGCUGCACGACAUCUUCCUCGGAUACGGCGACCCGGCCGCCGCCCACUACUCAAACAUCAGCUCCCAGCUGGCACACCUCAACUUCAACGACACGUUCCUCAGCCUCGCCCACGUCCGCGCCGCGUUCCCCAAGCACGACGUCGUGUAUGAGGGCGGCGAUGGCGACGGCGAUGACGGUGCGAAGGCCAAGCCGCCAUUUGCGCUGACGUUCCCUGUGGAGAUGCCCGAGCGCAAGAUCGACACGCUCGUGCCGCGCAACGUGGCGAAGAAGGGCAAGGCCAAGCCCAAGGCCACAGGCGAUGCCAUGGACGUGUCUGCAGACGGUGGCGAUGGUGAGAAGCGGCCUGUGCUUCGUGUGCAGUCGCUGCACGAGGAGAACCGCGGCCCGUUCCCGCAGGACGCCCCAAAGCGCAACGCGGUCCCGUUUACAGCGGCGCAGGUGGAGGCGAUCCACAGCGGCAUGCAGCCGGGGCUCACCCUCGUCGUCGGUCCCCCGGGCACCGGAAAGACGGACGUCGCCGUGCAGACUAUCUCGAACCUGUACCACAACCACCCGGACCAGCGGACGCUGAUUGUGACGCACUCGAACCAGGCGCUGAACCAGCUGUUUGAGAAGCUGAUCCACUUGGACAUUGAGGAACGCCACCUGCUGCGUCUUGGCCGUGGCGAAGAGCUUCUCGAGACAACAAAGGACUUUAGCAGGUACGGGCGGGUCGACUUUGUGCUGCAGCACCGCCUGGAACUGCUGGAGGAAGUGCAGCGCCUCGCCGCCAGCUUGCAAUACCCGAUUGACGUUGCGUCGACGUGCGAGACGUGUGCGCACUUUCACCGCCAGGCGAUCCAGCCGCUGUGGACCGCCUACGCCGACCGCGUGCAGCAGCAGCAGCAGCAUCAGCUGGAACAGAAGCAGGGCGGCGACGGCUCCGAGGCCCUUGCCAUGCUCGCAGCGGAGUUCCCCUUUGCAGCGUUCUUCAGCACGGCGCCGCAGCCGCUGUUCCACGGCCGCAGCUUUGAUGAGGACUGGGAGAUGGCGCUGGGCUGCAUGCGGCACCUGAACCACGUGUUUGAGACGCUGCGGGAGUACCGGCCGUUUGAGCAGGUGCACCGCGGCAGAGACCGCUCAAAGUACCUCCUCACAAAAGAGGCAAAGAUUGUGGCGAUGACAUGCACACACGCAGCCCUCACUCGCAGUGAACUCGUGAAGCUUGGGUUCAAGUACGACAACGUGGUGAUGGAGGAGGCUGCCCAGAUUCUCGAAGUGGAGACGUUUAUCCCGCUCAUGCUGCAGAACACGGAGGACGGAUACAACCGCCUCAAGCGCGUCAUGCUCAUCGGUGACCACCACCAGCUGCCGCCCGUGAUCAAGAACACGGCGUUCAAGAAGUUCUCCAACAUGGAGCAGUCGCUGUUCACGCGGUUUGUGCGACUUGGCGUUCCCCACGUGCUGCUCGACAAGCAGGGCCGCAUGCGUCCCUCCCUCGCAAACCUCUUCCGCUGGAACUACGAAGGCCUGGGUGAUCUGCCGCAUGUGGAGAGUGAGAGCCGGUUCUCGCGCGCCAACCCCGGGUUCAAGUACGACUUUCAACUCGUCGACGUGGGCGACUUCCGCGGCGUUGGCGAGAGCGUCCCUUCCCCGCACUUUAUCCAGAACCUUGCCGAGGCAGAGUACGUGGUUGCGGUGUACAUGUACAUGCGGCUGCUCGGCUACCCGGCUUCGCGCAUCACCAUCCUGACGACGUACAACGGCCAGAAGGAUCUCCUCCACGAUGUCGUGCGCGCCCGCUGCGCCAGUCAUCCGCUCUUUGGCUCCCCGAGCAAGAUUGAGACGGUUGACAAGUACCAGGGUUCGCAGAACGACUAUGUGCUGCUGUCGCUGGUGCGUACGCGCAGCAUCGGAUUUAUGCGGGAUGUGCGGCGUAUGGUGGUGGCCAUGUCCCGUGCUCGCCUCGGCCUGUACGUGUUUGCGCGCGCAUCGCUGUUCAGCCGGUGCAAGGAACUGGAGCCCAUCUUCUCGCAGCUCACGGCGCGGCCAACCAGCCUCAUGGUGUACCCGAACGAGGUGUACGGCCAGACAGACCGCGACGUGGGCACACAGCCGGAGGGCGCAAUGCAGGUGCUGAACAUGCCGCACAUGGCACAGAGCGUGUACAAGAUGGCCAUGGAAAAGGUGCAGUCGCUCGCUGCAACCAUGCCCGCCCCGCCAGUCGCGGACGAGACAGCAGCAGCAGCAGCAGCGGAUGCGGAUGCGGACACAACAGGCGAAGCGCCCGCAGCAAAGGCGGCAAAGGAGGGACCCGAGGAGGCCGAGGAGGCCAGGACAGAAGAGGAGGCAAGCGAAGCCGCCGCCACUGGCGCUGACAUGGCUGAGGAGGCGAAGGAGACAGCUGCGUCCAAACAGGCUGAGACGAAGCAAGCAACAGAGGAGAAGGACAAGGAGCAGGAGAAAGAGAAGGAGAAGGAAGCACAGCCGCAGCAGGAAGAAGUGAAGAAGUCGCGAAGGAGGAGCUCAAAGGGCAAGCGCACGCCAAGACGAAGCCAUGGAAAGGGCAAGAAGGCUGCGGCUGCACAGGCAGCGCAAGAAGAAGAAGAGACGAAGAAGGAAGAUGAGAGUAAGGCCAUGGACACGCAGGAGGAGAAGGAAGAGAAGGAAGAGAAGGAGGAACAGCCAGUUGAAGCCAAUGAGGAUGAAGAUGAGGAUGAGGAUGAGGAUGAGGGCGAGGAAGCCGUCACCUCUGGCGAGAAAUCGCCUGAUUUGACAAUGACCGAAGUCAACAAGAUGAGGGUUGUUGACCUGAAAGCCGCCUUGAAGGAGCGUGACAUUGAGUUCCCGUCGUCCGCGCGCAAGAAGGAGCUCAAGCAGAUCCUGGUCAAGGCGCUGGGUCUCUAACCACACACUCGCACAUGCACAUACAUGCACAAGGGGGCUGCGUUGGUGUGUGCAUGGGGCGUCUCAUCUUCCUCUUCAGUUUGUUUCACUUUGUAGUCGUUGUCGCUGUCAUGUGUGUCUGUGCUGCCGUCACCCGAUAUGCCUGGGCUGUUUGCAUUUCUAAGUGUUGUAUCGCGAAAUGAAUGUCAACCAGCGAAAGC